GCCUGUGGAGUAAAAACUCACACACUGAGCUUCUAAGGGGAAGGUGUUGAUGUAGAGGCUUAGGGAUUCUGUAGAAGAAUUGGCUGUCAGGUUUUCAACUUAUCACCACUGAAAUACGGGCAUACCUCGGAGAUAUUGCAGGGCUAGUCCCAAACCACUGCAAUAAAGUGAAUAUUGCAAUAAAGCAAGUCACAAAUUUUUUGGUUUCCCAGUGCAUAUAAAAGUUAUGUUUACAUUAUACUGUAGUCUUUUAAGUGUGCAAUAGCAUUAUGUCUAAAAGUACAAAUGUGCAUACCUUAAUUAAAAAUACUUGGGGACUUCCCUGGUGGUGCAGUGGUUAAGAAUCUGCCUGCCAAUGCAAGGGACAUGGGUUCGAGCCCUGGUCUGGGAAGAUCCCACAUGCCACGGAGCAACUAAGCCUGUGCGCCACAACUACUGAGACUGCGCCCUAGAGCCCGCGAGCCACAACUACUGAAGCCAGCACGCCUAGAGCCCGUGCUCCACAACAAGAGAAGCCACCGCAAUGAGAAGCCUGUGCACUGUAAUGAAGAGUAGCCCCCGCUCGCUGCAACUAGAGAAAGCCCGCGCACAGCAACAAAGACCAAACGCAGCCAAAAAUAAAUAAAUAAAUAAAUAAUUAAAAAUAAAUAAAGAUACUUGAUUGCUAAAAAAUGGUAACCAUCAUCUGAGCCUUCAGCAAGUCAUAAUCUUUUUGCAAUAGUUACAUCAAAGAUCACAGAUCACUAUAACAAAUAUAACAAUAAAAAAGUUUAAGUAUUGUGAGAACUACCAAAACAUCACACACAGACAUGAAGUGAAAAAAUGCUAUUGGAAAAAUGGCGCUAAUAGGCUUGCUUGACGCAGGGUUGCCACAGAUCUUCAGUUUGUAAAAAACACAGUAUCUGCAAAGUGCCAUAAAGCAAAACGAUAAAAUGAGGUAUGUCUGUACCACUGUGUGUGUGUGGUAGACAACAGUAUGUAACUCAGUGAUAACCUUUGGAGAGGAUAGAGCUCUCUUGUUCUUUUUUCCCUUCUUUGAGGAAGACCUGAGAGUGAGCUGGGCAUCCAGGACCAGCUCCUGUGACCACAGAGGAGACAGGGACAGUUCCUCCUUGUAUGGAGAUGUUUACAGUCUUCCUGUCAUUUGGAGUUUUUGUGGAUGGGAAAAAUGGGGUGUUGAAUGUGUCAAGGUCAUGGUGAAGAAGGGCUGGGCAGUGCUUUUCUGGAAAUGGCUCACCUAGCACAAACCUGCUUGCCUCCCUUCCUGGUGGAGGUAGCUGGGUGUGAACAUUUAAGGUGAAGAGUGUAGAUUAAGGUGUAGAACAUUGCAGCUAUGGCUACAAUUAAGGUGUAGAACAUUGCAGCUCUGGCUGCCACAAACUGGUCUGAUCUAUUAACUUUUGCUCUGUCCCUGACCCUUUGACUCUGUUUUGUUUUUGUUUUGUGUUUUAGGAUGAAAUUAUACAUAAUUUAAACUCCAGGACCUAAAUGGAAAACAAGAUGCUUAUCUCUGGUUGCAGGUUCCAACCCUCCUGAAUACUGAUACCUAUGUGUGCCAUGCCAUAUUAAGAAAGUCCAUGUCUGGUCUGCUACCCUUAAAGCAGGCCACCUCCUACUUGCUACUGUAGUUGAGCUAGCUGUAAAGUUGGGCUAGCUUUAUUUCAAAAACCCCUCAAUCACAAGUGGCAAUGGACUUAUUUAUUUAGAAAGCUUAAGCUGUGGUUUUAGGGUCUCUAAGGGACCUAGUAGUAUCUGCUGUUACUAAAGCAUGAUCAAGAGAAAUCUGGGUGUUCUCUCUAAGGGACCUAGUAGAAUCUGCUGUUACUAAAGCAUGACCAAGAGAAAUCUGGGUGCUCAGGUGCUCAGCUGUGAGCAGAAGUUGGGCUUCUAGAGACCAGGAAAUGUGCAAGGUAUAGGAACUUGAUAUUUUGGGGGCAUUCUGUUGAGUGGGUGAAGUGAGGGAUUUGGUCUUGAUGUCUGGCUCCCUCUGUCUCUUAUCUGCAAAGCUCAAAGUUAAAAAGAACCCACAGAAAAUACAUUGGGAGGGCAACUGCUGGAUCUGGGCUGGUCCCUUCCCCUUAUUCUGUGAGAUGCUAACAGCCAGGCUGUACACCUGGGUGGGGGCCCAGAAAAUGUGAGCUGGCAAAGGGUGUAGAGAACAGUGUUCUUAAGUGCCAAGAAGGAUUGAACUUUUAGUAUGUGAUUGUAAUGAAAAGCUGAUGAAUAUGUUAGAGGAAUGGAUGAGUGGUUUUAUGUAGUCUUAACCCAGUAGUGUAGUUUCUUCCUUGUUCUUUAUCCUUUUCAGAGCACUGGGAGAGUGCAUGCAGGGCUCUGCACUGAUCUCCCUCAGUGCUCCUUCUGUGGUCCUGAUGCCAGGUGUCCUUUCUUGGAGACUCAGUCUGCUAUCUUCUUUGGUGGCUACACCACUCAUUCCCUUGGUGUUUUCUACUUCCUUGCCUUCACCUUGCUUAAGACUGAGAAGGGAGUUAGGUGGUGUCCCCAGCUUUUCAUUUUCUCACUGUCCACCCCGCUAAACUAGAUUAGCUGUAGGUGUAAAUUGGGAGGGCAAAUGUUGGAUCUGGACUGGUCCCUUGCUCACAUAAUUAGGUCCCUGGCUAUAUGUUCCCAUAGCACCCUAUAGUUCCUCUUUCAGAGUAAUCAAUUCCCUUGUAAUUACUCAGUUUGUGUCCUGCAUGACUACAGAGUUGCUGGAGGUAGGGACUGUUUGUCUUGGACUUUGCUGUCAGCCCUUAGCACAAUGUCUGGUACAUAGUAUGUUCUCAAAUAUUUAUUGUUAGAAUAAAUGCAUUAACUCAAUACGUCCUUCAUUUCAGAAACUGAUUGCUAACUACCAUGGGAAAAUAAAGUAAACAUGGGGAUGGAAAAAAUUCUAAAAUUAGUUUCUGCUCUGCUUCUGGCUCCACAUUAGUGUGGGAGCCCCUACAAGCUGGACCUCCUUCCAGGCUGGCCCCACCUUUACUCUACAGUGGUCUCUUCACAGUCUGAAGAUGCCACCAAGGUACACCCAGGAGUGAAACUUCCAGUGUAGGUGACUGCAGUUCCCUUAGCCUCUGCCCUGCCCACGUAUCAAUAAAUUUGGGCUAUUUCUUCAGAUACGAAUUUUCUCAAGAAAUUCUUUCCCUUCGUGGUAUGGGUCAUAUCACUGGUAGUUAACUUUUCAGUGAAAUAACUUUUUCUUCCUAAUGACCUGAAAAGCUUCUGCACCUCUGCCUCUCAUUUCUCAUGUGAAGUCAGCAAACUGAAUUCCUCAAUUUGAGCUCCAAGAAGGUGGGGUUUUUGUCUGUUUUCUACGCUGUAAUACUUCCAGCGCCCAGAAGCAUACCUAGCACACAUUUGUUCGGAGUGAAUACUCAUGCACUUCACACCCUGCUUAGAGAUGACAAACUUUGGCCAGGACACCUGUCCACCCACUUCUCGGAAUUCAGCCUCUCAGGAUUUAGGUAGGUCAAAGUAAAAAAAAAACUUUCCAGCACCCACAGGUGUGGAUAUUAUGCAAAACACGUCGCUUGUCUUGAGAUAAGUUUCGUUUGGAGGGGAAAGUACAUUUCUCCAGAGACGAAUCAAAGCGUGCUUUUGCGUCGAGUGCCCUGCUUCCGCCUUCCGGGUCAAACGGGACACUGGACUUAACACAGAAGGAGGGCAAGCGGCGGAGCCGAGGGCGGGCGGCGGCGGGAUACUAGCUUCACCCGCCUCUUUCCAUUCCUACGCAGACGGGUGGGGCCCACAUCUGCGUAAGAAUGGAAAGGGGCCGGAAGGGGCCGGGCCGCAGGCGCCCAGACUUCCGGUACUCAGCCGGGCUGCCCUGCGGGUAGUUCUAACGCGAGGCGCGCGAGCGGACUGGGUGACGUCAAGGAAGGCAGUGGGGCGGGGGACGUGUUGGGCAUGCGCAAUAAAUUGACUUCGCCCACCCUGGCCCCGCCGGCGUAAAGGACCUGACCACGCGGGUGGGAUUUCCAGUUUUGUGGCAGAGGGCGGGCGCCUAGCGGCUUUCUUGGCAGCGGGCAGGAAACUGGCAGGAGUUCCUGAGCCUGAACGUGCAGCGGAAGUAGAAGAACGUAUGUAUGUGUGAGAGAGACCUCUGCCUCAUUUAACAAAUUACGAUACUAUGCUCAGGAAACGGUGUAGGGGUUGAGGCCCUUCUUCAAGUGUCUGGAGCUCAGAGAUGCAGCCCAGGGGAGGGAAAUGUGACUAGUUGAGGAGGCCAUGCUUACUGUUGCUGCCAGAUCCCAUGUCAGCACCAAGUCCUCAGCUGCUGGUGGCAGCUGCUCAGCAGACCCUGGGCAUGGGAAAGAGACGAGGCCCACCCCGAGCUGUCUGCCUUCAUCUAGCCGGAGAGGUGCUGGCUGUGGCCAGGGGACUGAAGCCAGCUCUGCUCUAUGAUUGCAACUGUGCAGGGGCAGCGGAGCUCCAGAGCUAUCUGGAGGAGCUGCAGGGCCUGGGCUUCCCGGCCCAGGGACUUCACAUCCUUGAGAUUGGAGAAAACAGCCUGAUUGUCCUUCCGGAGCAGGUGUGUCGGCACUUGGAGCAGGUGCUGCUUGGUACCAUAGUCUUUGUGGAUGUUUCCAUCUCUCAACUUCACCCUUCCAUCUGCUCCCUGGACCAGCUUCAGGACUUAAAGGCCCUCGUGGCUGAGAUCAUCACACAUUUGCAGGGGCCACGGAGGAACCAAUCCCUGGCAGUCUCCUGCAGCAGGCUCCGUUCCUCAGACUGGAAUCUCUGUACUGUGUUUGGGAUCCUCCUGGGCUAUCCUGUCCCCUAUACUUUUCACAUGAACCAGGGAGGUGACAACUGCUUAGCCCAGACUCCACUACGGGUGUUCACCGCCCGGAUCUCAUGGCUACGUGGUCAACCACCAGUCUUGCUCUAUUCCUUUAGUGUCCCAGAGAGCUUGUUCCCAUCCUUGAGGAACAUUCUAAACACUUGGGAGAAGGACCUUAGAACUCGAUGUAGGACUCAGAAUGACUUCGCUGACCUCAGCAUCUCCUCUGAGAUAGUCACACUGCCGGCUGUGGCGCUCUGACUUUAACUCUUUUCCUGUGUAGAAGGAGCUCGGUAAAUGAUCAGCUCUAGGUCAGAGAUGGCACACAGGAAUCAUCUCAAGUGCCAAUUCCAAGCAUCUCGGGGACCUAGGGAAGAAUGCUGUAAUAAAUUUGCCAUUUUUAUGCUGAACUGGACUAGGGAGAGUAGACCAGGAUGCUUCAGGAAUAAACAGAGUUCUUUGGAACAGAGGCCAUCAGGUGAAGUUUGUUUAUUUUUACAGCAGGUUAAAAAAAUGAGAGUCAGAAAUCUUAGUUGAGUUGGAAAAACCCACACAUUAAAGUACCCAGACCUGAAUAUUUUACUGAAUUUCUUGCUUCUGAUUUUCACCCAAGGCAGCUGUCACCAGUUAUUCAGAGCUUCAGGCUGUCCUUAUUGGCCAGGAACACUGCCACUGCUAUAGCAAUCAGUGCCAUCAGCAUCAGAAGCCAUCGGCCACAUUGCCUUUGUGAGGAGGGAGGGGGAGAGAAGAGAAAGAGGCCAUGGGUUGGUCAGAGAAGAUGCAGGCAAAAAUAAUCUUCCUUCUUCCCAUUCUAGCCCAGUGGAAAACCUUGGGUUGGUGGAGGAGAAAAAGCUUUUUAUAUCUCUGUCUCUCUCACUUUGCCACCUCCCUCGGGAUAAAACCACUUUCCAGUGGUCAUUGGCCCAGCGAACCACAGCCAGCAGGGGCCAGGUACUUCAAGACUGAUAUGAAUAAUCAAAAGUGGAAAAUAACUCAGCAAAACUGUAUUCUGUUUAUAUUCCUUUUCUCGUCACUCUGUCCUUGCCACUAAUAAUAGACUAAAAGAACACCGUUUCAUACUUCAGCUAGUAGUAAGUUUUUCCCUUCAGGCUCAGGCUUUCCUUGAAAAUUAGGCUUGGAGGCAUGAGCCAGUGUUUCUUUACAUAGUUGCUAUACUCUCAGUACAGUAUAAACCAAGCUGAACGGGGCCGGCUGGUCAGAUGUUGGCAGGGGCUGAACAAUUUUAUGGGCAAGAUUUGGCCAAAGGAGGAAUCGUCCCACGAUCACCUAGGGCUGUACGGGAGGAUAGACCCUCUUACUCUGGGAGGCAGCUGCUGGCUCUGGUUCAGCUCUUCUCGACAAUGCUGCAGCUUACGCAGGCAGGAGAGAUACUCAUCACUGAGGUUGUCUAAUUCUGAAUGCAGUUCUUUGCACUGUGUGGGGGCGGGGGGGGGGCGUUGCGGGAGAACACCACCAAGGUCAUCAAGACAGUUCUGUCAGGGACAGAGCCCAGGUAGGGGAGAGGGCCCUGUGUAAGUUGCCCUGUCAUUCAUUUGGAAUUUUUACCUCCAUCCUCCCUUCCCAGCUUUUCUCAGAGCUUUCAGUUUGCCUUCUGACUGUCUCACCUAGUUUGUUUGUAAUGUGUUCAUUUAAAUGAUUGAUUAUAAUGCAUAUUAUUAUAUAUUACACGUGUGACAGUUGUAUGUGCCAGUGCUUUGUAAAUGGAGACACACAAAAAUGAAGUUCCUAUAGCACACACAAGCUGGAAGAGAUCUUAGUGCAAGUCUCUUUGCUGGGAACUAGUUGCACGUGAACACUUCAGGAGCUACGUAUUUCUGUGAGUAUGGAAGAUAGGAAGAGAUAGGAAGAGUUUUGUUAUUUAAAAGACACUGUAUAAAGUUUUAAGAUACUCAGUGUAGGACAAAGUUUGAGGAGUUAAUGUGUUUGUUAAAUGUGUUUGAGUUUAGGUUGACUUCCUGAAAAGUAACUCUUUAGUAAAACCUUGAAUAAGGGUUGGUAUAAACAAGAGAAAAGAUUGACAAGUUAACCCAAAAGCAAAGAUGUUUUAUUCAGGCCUAAAUGAAUACCUGCAGGCACCCAAUCACAGCUUAAGCUCAGAAAUGCCUGUUGUCUGGCUGCCUCCCAGCAGUUUCCCUGUCACUGUAGGAUGAGCCCCUUACUAUCGGAGGUCACCAUCUCACCUCCUUUUCCUUGGCCAGGAGCUGCAAAGUUUUCUUUUGGAGCUGGUCUCUGAAAUCCCCGUCCUUCUCCUUCCCUGGACCACUUCGUUAUGGGAGGGCUUUGGACUCCACCCAGGCAAAGCCUGAUCUAAAAAAUCAGCCAGAUUCGCAGUGAAAGUGAGGCCCAUACCUCUGAGGAAUGGUCCCUACACACUGAGAGAAGCCCUAAGCGGGAGGGAAUAAGGAAGGGCGUGUCCCUGGCCAGACCGUGUGGAUUGCAAUUCUCUGACUUUUAAAGAACAUCCAUUGGGAUCCUGCCCAGACUGGACAGAGAGUGGGAAUUUGAGCCCCUUGAGGGCAAGGUUGGCAUUUUACUUUUGUCUGUAUCUCUAGUCCUGUCUAAAGCCAGAUACGUUUAGAAAAUACUUAUUAAUUUAGUUUCUUUGGUUGCAUGUCACAUCUUUCAGACUGGGAGGUUUGCUGGAUGCUUCAGUAUAACUCCGUUUUCCUUCUGUCCUUGUUUCAAAAUGAUGAGAUGAGAAUGGCAGUCAUGUAACGCAUCUUCAUGUAGCUAAAGAUGGUUUUUCAGCCACCUGGCAGUCUGCAUCUUGGUGAAGAGAGCCCUGGCCUGGGAGUCAGAAAUUCUGGAUUGUGGUCAUAGCUGUGUCCUUAAUUUGUAUGACCACAGACCCUCAUUUACCUUCAUUUUCUUAUCCAUCCUAUGUGGGCAUAAUAAUUCCUUCUUUAUAUUCUACCCAGUGAUUGUGAUGACAAAACAGAGGGCCAUGUGCAGUGGAUAAAUGAGGAGCUUUUGCCCCUCCAGAUGUAUGAUGAAUUCUUCUCAGGAAGCUAAGGCAGCAGACUUGAGGGCUGAGAGUGACGUGACUGUUCCAUGUGACGUGGUUUCUACGUGGGGAGCUGGAUGUGGUUUGGAAAGUUAAGGGUAAAAAUUAACAUAAAAUCCUGAGUUCAAAAUCAAUUUAUUGAAAUAUUCAAUGCAGACAUAUGUUUUCAGAGGGAGUAGGAAUCCUUUUCACAGUUUAUAUACCUCUCAGGAUAGGAGGCUAACUAAACUAUUCUCAGAGCCAGUGAUGAGUCCUUAAAAUGGCCCUCUAUCUCCCUGACCUAAUAGACUCCCAGAACUGGGUGGGACUCCAAGAGGUCAUGUAGUCCAUCCCUCUGUCUCUAGGCGGACAGGGAAAGGGCAAUAUCUUAGAAUUUGUGGAAAUAAAUUUGCUGACCUUUCUUUGUUAAGAGUUUCUCCUGUUCUUGAAGCUGUAAGGAUUGAUUCUGAAGCAGACCUGUUGGAAAACACAAGGAACUUUUCUGUGCUAGCAUAUUUACUGCGAAGAGUAUCUUUUCAGAACUUUGCUUAGAACCUUAAUGAUUGUGUUCCCAUCUGUAGUUGGUUGAAUUGUGUCUCCCCCCCCUGCCCCCCACAAAUUCAUAUGUCAAAGCCCUAACCCCCAGUACUUCAGAAAUGUGACCCUAUUUGGAGAUAGGUUCUUUGCAGAGGUAAUCAAGUUAAAAUAGGACAUGAGAAUGGGCCCUAACCUAAUAUGACUGACGUCCUUAUAAGAAGGGGAAAUUUGGACCCAGACGUGGAUGGAUGGAAGACGUGUGAAGAGAUGGACAAGACAGCCAUCUCCAAAACAAGGAAAGCGGUCUAGAACAGAUCCUUCCCCCAGAGCCCUCAGAAGAACCAACCCUGCCUGACACCUUGAUUUUGGACUUCCAGCCUCUAGCACUAUGAGAAUGUAAAUGUCUGUUCUUUAAGUCACCCAGUUUGUGGUGCUGUGUUUUGAACACACCAUCCUUAUGUCUUUUCCUACUAUGUACAUUUAAGUCUCUGCUUAAAUGUUACCCUAGAAGAAAGACUUCCCCAGAUGACCCUGUGUAAAAUAGCAACUAUUUUCUCUUUAACCUGCUUUAUUUUUUUCCCUGUAGCCGUUAUUAAUACCUGACACAUAUUUGUUCACAGAAACUCUGUAGUCCACUGUAGUGUUUCCUUAGAAUGUAAGCUUUGUUAGGGAAGAAACUGUGCCAGCUCUGUUCAUUACUGUAUCCCCAGUGAGUAUCUAGGGUGCCUGGCACUUGGUAGGGGCUCAAUAAAUAUGUAUUGAAUAAAUAAAGGCAUGAUUUUGAAGUGA